GAUUAAGCUACCACACAUCAUGUCACAAAGACACGUAGCGGCCAUGCUGCGAAGGUCAAGACAGUUUAAACAGAUACGCUGGACUUCUUCUUCGCAGAGUGCCAACGCUCCUGCUUCGGGUCAACCGCCCACUCCACCAAAACCUAUCGAUGAUUCGACUUCUGCGCUUGAUUACAAAAUGCAUCGACCAGGUAGAAGACUACCUCAUCUUGUCAAUACUCACCCAAGGAACGUAUCUGCCGAAGAGGCCGUGACGAAUAUCUUGUACAACACACCUCCCCCCAGUACGGAGCCGUAUAAGCGACAUCGUCUUAAUUGUUUGGUACAAAAUGAACCUGGUGUUUUAUCUCGUGUAUCCGGUAUUCUCGCUGGAAGAGGUUUCAACAUUGAUUCUUUGGUAGUAUGUCAAACAGAAAUCCGAGAUUUAUCACGUAUGUGUAUAGUACUCAAAGGUCAAGAUGGUGUAAUCGAACAAGCUCGUCGUCAAUUAGAAGAUUUAGUACCCGUUUGGGCAGUUUUAGAUUAUACAAACACUAAUUGUGUUGAAAGAGAAUUACUUCUUGCAAAAGUAUCAAUCUUAGGACCUGAUUAUGCGGAUUUAAAUCCAAUUUCACAUUUACCGAAAUCAUUCGAAUCUUCUAUACAAAAUCCUACUCCACCUUCUUUCGUUUCUUCUUCUCCUUCUUCUUCUUUUUCUUCCACUUUUCAAAACGUAAAUUCUACAGAAGCGAAAGUUCAAGCAGAACAAGCUUUGGCUAGAUCUUUCGAAAGUGCUGCUGAACAAUUUUAUCCUUCUGUCAAUAGUGGUGGUGGUGGUGGAGAUGGUACGACAGGAGGAGGACAUUUAUAUCCUUCUCGUCAAAGGGGUCAAACUGCUACAGAAGCUUUGAUAGCUAAAAACCUUCAUUUUAGCGCUAUCAAAAACCUCGCUAUGCAUUUCGGUGGUAAGGUUGUGGAUAUGGGAGAAGAUAAUUGUAUUGUUGAAUUGGUUGCGAAGAGUAGAAGGAUUGACGCUUUUUUAUCUCUCAUGAGACCUUUUGGGGUUUUGGAAGCUGCUAGAUCCGGCGUUAUGGUCCUCCCUCGAACUCCUAUUCCCAAAUACGGAGAAGAAGAUGAUAUACCCGAUACUCCAGGGGAGAUUGACGCUUCGAUGCUUCCUCCCGGUUAAAACGUUUCUCUAUCUCAACCGACUAAAUCUCUAAUCUCCUAUCGUCUGUGAAAUUCCAAAAUGUGCGACAUCCACUUUCGGCUGAACAAAAACGAAUCACUUCAAUCUUCGAUCUCAACUGCCUGAGACGAUGGGAUGAGAUGGGGAAAUUGUCAGAUGAAAACUUUGGUAAUUGAUGCAUCUAAUACCCCAAUG